AUGGACCGGCGCAAGACGCUGGCGGGGCUCAGCCCCGCGCAGCUCAACGCGCGGGUCAGCCUGGCGCCGCGGGGCAUGGCGGGCAAGGGCGGCGCCGCCGCCGGCGGCAAGCUGCCCAUCGAAAAGGCACUGAGCCGCAUGUCGCUGGCGGGGCCCGUGACCCGCCGCUCCUCGGCCUACACCACCAGCAAGGCCACCGGCCUCAAGAGCGACCCGCGGCCCGUCAGCGACAAGGGCUUCCAGCAGGCCUGCAUUCGCACCGUCAUCGCUUACCUGGCGGCCCACGGCUUUGAGUACGCCAUCACGCCCAAGGCGCGCCGUGCCUCCGCCUCUGCCGCUCCACCGCGUGCUUUGCACCACACAAGUCGCGGCAGGCUGGCGGGCGGUGUGCUGGCCAGCCCCACCACCAAGGACUUCACCAAUGUGAUGAUGUUCCUGUACCGCCAGUUUGAUCCUGUACUGCCAAAGACAUUCAAGCUGGAGGAGGAGGUACCGCAGCUGUACAAGCGCCUCAGGUACCCCUUCCAGAUCAGCAAGAGCAACCUGACGGCGGUGGGGUCCCCACACACAUGGCCCUCCCUGCUUGUGGCGCUGACCUGGCUGGUGGAGCUGCUCAACUACCAGCAGCGGGCAGAGGCGGCGCGCCAGGAUGUGGGGGACGAGCGCAGCCGCACUGAGGCCGAGUUCUUCCAGUAUGUCAGCCAGGUGUACCGCUACUUCAUGACCGGCGACGACGCUAAGUGCGAGGAGGCCGACGGCGAGCAGGCGGGGGAGUUUGAGGCGCGGGCGGCGGGCAUCCGCCAAGACACGGAGCGCCUGCAGGCGUCCAACGACGCGCUGCGCGCCGAGAUUGAGCGCCUGCGGGGCGAGCCCAGCCCGCUGGUGGCGGCGCGGGCGGCGCGCGAGGAGACGCUGGGCGACAAGGAGAAGUUCCUCAAGCUGCUGGACAACCUGCAGGCUCACAAGGCCUCGCUGCAGCGCAAGCUGGCCGAGCGGAAGGCUGACGUGGCGGCGCAGCAGGCUGAGCUGGCAGGGGUGGAGCGGGAGAACGAGGGGCUGCAGGGGCGCAUCGCGGCGCAGACCAUCCACCCGCAGGACGUGAUGCGCAUGAAUCAGGAGAGGGCCAAGCACGAGUCUGCGCUGCGGUCCACCCAGGGGCAGCGCGAGGCGCUGGACCGGCGGGUGGCGGAGCAGGAGCGGGGCAUCGAGGCGCGGCUGGAUGCGGUGGAGGCAGCGCUGCUGCACUACCACAGCAUGGCCGACCGCCUGGCGCUGAUCCCGGCCACCGCCAAGCGGGCAGAGGGUGUGGCGUUUGAGGUGCGGCUGGACCGGGGGGCCGCCUCCGCCUCUGAGAUGAUCAACGUUGACCUCAAGGGCAUCGUCAAGCCCGCCCUGCAGCGGCUGCGCGACGGCUACAGCGCCAAGGCUCGCGACCUGGCGGACCAGCUGCUGAGCCUGCAGGAGCAGCACGACAGCAUGCGGGAGCUGCUGGCGGAGCGGGAGGAGGAGAACCGCAACGCAGAGGCGCAGGCCCACAAGCUGGACGGGCAGUACCGUGCGGCCAAGGAGGCGCUGGAGCGCGAUAUCGCCGCCGCCAACGCCCACGUCGACCUGCUGGCCUCCGAGGUGGCCCAGCUGCGCAACGCCAACGGCGCGGGGGUGGCCGCCAGCGAGGAGCGCCUGCGCGGCCUGCAGGCGGCGUACGAGGACCUGAUGGGGCAGUGCGAGCUGGAGAAUGCGACGCUGCACCGCGACCUCAGCGCCGCGUUGGAGAAGAUCCUCAACCACAAGCUGCAGCUGCAGGCCGAGCUCAAGUCGGUGUGCAGCCGGGACGCGGCCAUCAAUGCGCAGCUGCAGCAGGAGGUCGCCAAGCUGGCGUCGCUGCCGGUGUGA